AUGUCACUUUUCGGUCUAGAGGAUUGCCUUUGCGACAGUAAUACAAGCCGCAGACACAAAAAACAUAUUGCUCACUAUCCGGGCAAAAAGGUCACCGAUCAAAUCGUAGUCGUCAAAACGAUUUAUGACCCUCAUAAAACUUUGAGUAAGAAAAAGUACAAGAGGCUUCUCGCUGAUUCUUUAGAUGGGUUCUAUCCACAUGUUCCAUAUUCAUUGAAUAAGAGGGAGAGAUGGACAACCGUAACCCCUGCAUCACUAUUGGCUCACCAAACAUCUGAUCUGCCCGAACUUUGUGUAGUUAACAAAAAAGCGUCUGAUUGGAAUAUGUACACCGACCAAAGCACGCAUAAAGUCACAGCAUUUCACGUGCUUGAUGAUGAUGUCAUCACCACACUUUCUGCAACCGGCGGUGAACAAUCGCUGCAUUACUAUGAAAAUAUGUUGAGAGAAAAGCGUGGAAUCGAUAAAGACGAGAUGGAACCAGCUCAGAUGCACUACAGCAUAGUGUCACCUCCUCCUGUACAGAGAUUCGAAUCUAGGAAGAACAGGAAACUUGGACGAACCGAUGAAGAAAACAGAAGAGCUAUUAGGAGAAAAUUGAAAAUCACAUUAAGGAAGCUGUGUCGCAUCACUGAAGCUUUCCCUAAUGAAUGUAUGCAAAAUAAUGAAGAGGAUGAAAUGCCAGACUUUUGCAAGGCAGAGUUUUCACGCAAAAUAGCUCUCAAAGACUUUAUAAGCAUCGGCCAGCCAUCAACAUCCCGUAGUCCAAAAAAUACUCCUAGCAGCAAUGUGACAUCUUCCUUUGAGUUGGUCACGUUGAAACCACCCAAGAUGAUUGACAUCUCUUCCGCCACAAAUGCGCUAGGUGUUUUUGAAAUUAUCGAUGUCAAAUUGAGCAUGCUCGCUACAUUCGACCUACAGGAAGAGAUUUCGUUAUUGGCUCCAGGAUAUUGUGAUGUUCACUGGUUUGGGUCAGAACGUGUAUCUGUAGCUAGCACGCGGUCUACCAAUCCAAGUCCGGUAUUUGUAAUUUUCUUCGAGCUUCCGAAAAAUACGGACAUUCUCAGAAUUCGCAUCAAUACUAACGCUCAAUUCACCAAGCUAAGUAAGGCUACUCUCGUCAAGCUUUUAAAAACGCGGAAAUAUUUUCCUACUCUUUUCAAAGAUUUGUUGGCCUUCAUAUUCACUCUGAAAAUACCGCCUCCAUCUGAAAGUUCCCUCAGGUUCAAAGAAUGCAAGGAAAAUUUUAUGAGGACAGUAAAUAGUACAAUGCUUGCCACCACAGCUAGCCGGGCUGACACAUUUGCUCAACUAGAACUUCUUCGCCUUUGCUACACUUGCGAUGCUUUUAAAAAUGGAUUAGGAUCAGAGAAAGCCGACAUUUGUCAUACAUGCAAUUCUCCAUAUAGAACGGAUCUUUUUGCUUUCAACGACGGCAUGAUAUGCAGAGAAUGUGUAACUUCUAAUGUUCUGCAUCAGAUUCGCCUUAAUCGUUUUCCGCUGGAGAUUCCGCUUGAUGCUGCGCCCAGUUCGCCAGUCGAUCUUCUCUACGCCAUUUUGCCUAUAUCUGUAAUGUCAUUGCUUUCAAAGAUGUCUUAUCGAUAUUUUAAUGCCUUUGAUUACCCGGAUGCAUAUAUGGUAGAAUGCCCUCAGUGUUGCAUGGAUCUCAGCAUAAAUAUUCCUAACAUGUACAGUACCUGUAUAUGCCCGAAAUGUGAAUGCAAUUUCUGUUACCGAUACUUCUUUGAAAAAUUUAAGUUGGAUCCAGGCGAACGAGUACUCAAAGUAAAAUGCUAUUGCAACGAUUUUCUAUAUGUUCCCGAACUCGGUCCACAUUUCACCCGCUGCGGACGACUCUGCCAUUACACGGUAGAAAGGUAUGGAACGUACUAUUGCGGCGGAACGUAUGACCAAAGUGGUAUUCUUCGUCCUUACGAGCUCGGAGCUUGGCCUUAUACCCCCCGAUUUCGUAAGGAAAACCAUCCGAAUUUUGAGAAAUACGGAGAUCCCGUUCAGCCAGAGUACUUAGAGCAGAAGAAACUGGUUAGCAAGUUGUAUGCUGAGGUAUGCGCUGAGAUGCGAAGACUCAGAUUUGACAAAACAAAACGGAUAGAGUAUGAAAAUGCAGUUAAACGACUGUUUACUUUGAAAGCAGAGCAGCUGGAAUUGAUUGACCUGAGAAAAACAGUUCUCUUUCUUGUCGAGCACUGCAUGGCUUGGCUGUACCUUCAUCGGCACCAAAAACUACAUCACUUGCGCAAGGGUGUGCUACUACUGUUUCAAAGAUUCAUGAACUUUCAAACCAAAGUUUUGGAUCCUCGGUAUUAUCAAAAGAUACAUGCUCAGGAUGUGGAAGAAAUGAUGAGCACCGUAAUAAAGUCCUUCAAAAAUUAUGCGAUGGAUGUUCGUUCGAUAAACUGGCAGUGA